GGUUGCCACUAAGACCCGGGACUUAUAACGUCUCUCUUGAAGGUCAUGAAUGAUAACUCAGUCUUCAAUCGAAUAUAAAUAACCAUAUACAAGUCCUUUCUCAAUGCGCUUCUCUCCAUUACUAUCCACACUUUUCUACACUUUCUCAAAUAUCACCCGCGUGAGAACUCCUCUGCCUUCACACCUGGCCUUUCGACCUAUUCCCCUUCGAUCUAUGUCCGGCAUUCCUCUGUUGGGCGCUUUAUUUGGCACUUCAUCCAAGAACUCUUCCAAUAUGUCUUACCCUGAUCAACGUUCAAACGACGAGUGGCGAGCUGUCCUCAACAAGGAGCAAUUCCGUAUCCUGCGUGAGAAGGGUACCGAACCUCCUGGUUCUGGAAAGUUUGACAAGCACUAUCCUGAGCAGGGUGUUUAUACCUGUGCUGGUUGUGACGCUCCGCUUUAUAAGGCGAGCCACAAGUUCAGCUCUGGUUGCGGCUGGCCAGCCUACUUUGACAGCAUCCCUGGUGCCGUUGUCCGUCACGAGGAUCGCGCUUUCGGUAUGGCACGAACGGAGAUUGUAUGUGCCAACUGCGGCGGUCACCUAGGACAUGUGUUCAAGGGCGAGGGCUUUGACACGCCCACUGAUGAGCGUCACUGUGUGAACAGCGUCAGUUUAAGCUUUUCACCUGAUGAUAAGACUGUCAAGGAUAAGCCUGAAAGCAAGGCUUGAUUUGAAGUAUACGGGAUCGGGAAAGACGAAUGAUGAGAUUACGAGCGGCAUUGGUAUGAAUGAGGAGCAUAUGGUGUAGAGUGUGAAGUAACGUGGUACUUAGCUGAAAUUGAAAUAUGAAAAUAUUGAACAAUAAA